GAGGCUCACAGGCAUUUUAUAUCUAACAUCAAGGAGUCCGGGUUCCUUUCACACCUGCUGCCGCAGCCCACGAAUGUCGCUCAUGGGUAAGGGUUGAGGUCGGGUUUUUCCCGUUAUGAAUUCCGCUUUGUCAGAACGGACCGCCUUAGUAAUUUUGUUACCCACAGUUACAAUAGGAUUUAAUUGUUUUUGCCUUCUGUGCCAUGUGUAAUUAUGUGUUCUGCGUCUUCUUGACCUCCCUUGUAAUUUAGUGUUAUACACUACCAAAGGGUUUAAUAAACUGAUUAUUAUUAUUGUUGAUGAGCAGAUGGACAAGAGCACAACUACCCAUCAUUCAACAGCUUCUCAUGCCAGUUGUACAGCCUGAGACCUAUCAGCAGCUUCUCGCUAACAAGGAACCGCAGGAUCUUCCUUACAACAGGGGGGCCAAAGCUAAUAAGAUAAAUAAAAGUUUAAGAGACAUGUUCAGAUAUUUCAAGUGGAGGCAGUUUAACCUGCGCAUGAUGGUGAAGAAGGGAUGGAAGGGGAUGGACUUACCAGAGAACUUUGCCACAUGUAUGUCUCGCAUGCGAGAUGGUGAAGGUGGGAUCAUUCAUUUUGAGGGGCAGAUAAACCAUCCGAUUCCUGUACGUAAUGAACAGUGUUUAGCUUCCGAGUACUAUAAGUGUGCAGGUCAGCUGAUUGCAUGCUGGGUUUGGUGUAACUGGAUUGUCACAGUCCAUUACAGAAUAUUUGGAGUCUUCUCAAGUGAAUGAGUGCCUUCCAUAUCUCUCAAAGAACGACAACCCUGACCUGCAAGUGUGGCCAGGUUUUCUACGGUCUUAACUAAGUUCUAGACAUGUUAUGCAACUCAACCAAGAACAACAGAUUUUCUUUACCAAGUUAGGCUUUUUUAAACCACCUACAAGGGGGUUUGACAGAGGUUAACGUUAUCAAUCAGUUGAUCAUCUCUGCCUACGCAUAAAAAUGGUCCAUGGCUUUACCAUGUACGCAAGCACAACAGUUUCGAAAAUUACAUAUUUAGCACAAAGUUCAAGCCUUUCUUUUUAACACCAUUAAGUUAAGCCGUCCAGGCUUUUUGGGGACAAAAUAACGACCCUUCACAAAUCAAUGUCAUGUGCAAUAAGUCAACAAAUAAAGAUGUUUGAUACAACUGAAAGAUACCAUUAUAAAAGUAAAAGAUGUUCGAUACAAGUUUAAAAUGUUCCAUACAACGAAAAGAUGUUUGAUACAACAAAAACAGAUGUUCGAUAGAAUGAGAACGGAUAUUUGAUAAAACCAAAAGAUAUUCGAUAAAAGAUGACGAAGCGGAAUGUUUUUGUUUCCAUGUCAUCUUAUUCCCAGGCUCCUGGCAGGGAUCAAAAGUAGGCCCGAUUUCCCACGCAAACUCUUGCUCCAAAGAGGAGCAAGAUGGCGGAGCAGAACAUUCAGCAGGUCAUAAUAACUGUUUGAAGUGCAGUAAUGAAUUCACAAGGCUAGUUCACACCGUCACCAUCGUGUAAUACUGAGGUAAAAAGCUCACAGCAACAAUUUAGUAGCGUCCGAGACAAGAUUAGCACUUGUUUUCGGAUCUCGCGAAGUAGAUGUGAAAGAAAUACUGCUCAAGAUUCUCAACCUAAUGGCAGAGCUACAUUCCUCCAAUAAGACCUGUGGGAGGCCUGUCAGGUAUAAGAAACCGCUGGAGCAUGUGGAGAGGAAGCUCUCGCUCAUUCUCUUCAUGUACAGCUACCAUGGCAGACAGGCCAGAGUAUUAUUACAAAGCCAUCUGCCUACUUCCCAAUCCAAGCUAUGAUCAGGUGCUAAGGGGUUCGGCAAAAGUCUCCCCUGUGGAAGGUCUGUUUGUGGAUGCUUUAAGCCCAGAACAGUGA